UGACAGAGUCUGCCACAGGAACCGGGAACAACCGAAAACCCUGCUUGAAAAUAGGGAAUGACACCUGCAAGCCCUUGCGCCGUGAGAAUCACCUUCCAGAUGCAGGGCGGUCAUAUUGUGGAGAGCGGGCUUUCAACCCGGAAAACGCCACUUGUUGUAAAGAUGGAUACACCAACACAAAUGUUACAGAGGGUCUGAGUGAAAAGGUGUCAGCUUGCUGUGGACUAAUGGCCUAUGACCAACUCAAUGAAAUCUGCUGCAACUCAAAAAUCAUAGCCAAACCUGGACCAAAUGCCCAAUGUUGUGAUAGUGAUGCAUUUGAUGUGGACAAGCAGAUGUGUUGUGGUCCCGUGGAAAACAAGACGAUCCUGAUGAAAAAGUCCAGGGACCACCUGUGCUGUGGACGUGACCAGUUUGACCCUAACACUGAGUGGUGCUGCCUGAACGAAGGUCUUAAGACAAAACCCAACACAUCCAUGUGCUGUGUGAACGAGUCAGAAUAG